AUGGCCGACCAAGAGACUGGAGACCUGUGGCUGUUCGGCUAUGGAUCACUGAUCUGGAAGCCCCCGCCACAUUAUGGUAUGGAAUUUCAAGUACGAGGAGACGAUUCGGGCCUGAUACGAUUCAAACAGACCUCCGAGUACCUGGCUACAUCGAAAACUACGUUCGCCGCUUUUGGCAGCCAAGACCAUCGCGGAACACCAGAAGCUCCUGGCCGAGUCGUCACCUUGAUCGAUCGACAGCUCUGGGAGACUCUGACCGACGAACAUGCAUCUGCUCCACCACGGGUCUGGGGAGCUGCUUAUCGGAUACCGGCGAACCACGUCAAGGAGGCAAAGGAGUACCUUGAUAUACGAGAGAUCAAUGGAUAUAGUAUCCAAUACACGCCCUUUAACCAAGACAUGUCCGCCACCAUGCAGACAGUCCACACUGCACACGAUUCCACUUCCUCCGGGAACACGCCCAAGCAGAUCCAAUGUCUAGUCUACAUCGGCCUACCAGAUAAUCCUCAGUUCCUCGGCCCACAGGAUCCACAAGCACUGGCUGAGCAUAUCGUCAGGUCUCGUGGUCCAAGUGGGGAGAAUAAGGAUUAUCUGUAUCAGCUCGAGACGGCGCUGAAUGGCUUGAGUGAGGGAAGUGAGGAUGAACAUAUCAGUGAUCUUGCUAGACGAUGUAGAGACAUCGAGGCAGCAGGGAAGAAGCCCUAA